AUGGCGAGCGGUGAUAAGGUAUUUAACGUUUCGGUUUUCUUCGUGGUGUUCAGAGAGUGUCUGGAGGCAGUGGUCAUCGUGUCGGUGCUGCUGUCGUUCCUGAAGCAGUCCAUCGGCACCCAAGAUAUGAAUGUCUACAAGAAAUUGAGAAAGCAGGUCUGGAUUGGUGUCGCGUCUGGGCUCUUCAUCUGUCUCGCGAUUGGUGGCGGUUUUAUCGGAGCAUACUACUCUCUGCAGAAUGAUAUCUUUGGGAGUGCUGAGGACCUGUGGGAAGGUAUCUUCUGCAUGAUUGCGACUAUCAUGAUUUCGGUCAUGGGUAUUGCCAUGUUGAGAAUCAACAAGAUGCAGGCCAAGUGGAGAGUCAAGAUUGCACGUGCGCUUCUGGAUGUUCCAGAGCGCAAGAGAGACCGCUUCAAGAUCGGGUUCUUGUCUAGAAAGUACGCCAUGUUCCUGCUUCCUUUCAUCACGGUGUUGAGAGAAGGGUUGGAAGCUGUGGUGUUUGUCGCCGGUGCUGGUAUCACAACUCAGGGCUCUAGCGCAUCCGCUUACCCUCUGCCUGUCGUUGUUGGACUCAUUGCUGGAACACUUGUCGGAUUCCUGCUGUACUACGGUACUUCUACCUCCUCCAUGCAGGUCUUCCUGGUUGCUUCCACUUGCAUUCUAUACUUGAUCAGUGCAGGUCUAUUCUCUAGGGGGGCUUGGUACUUCGAGAACUACAGAUUCAACAAGGCUUCUGGUGGUGACGCGUCUGAGGGCGGUGACGGUAACGGUUCUUACAACAUCAGAAAGGCAGUUUACCACGUCAACUGUUGCAACCCUGAACUGGACAACGGUUGGGACAUCUUCAACGCGCUGCUCGGAUGGCAAAACACCGGCUACUUGUCCUCUAUGCUGUGCUACAACAUUUACUGGCUUGUGCUCAUCAUCGUUCUUGCGCUAAUGAUGUUCGAAGAGAGAAGAGGCCACCUGCCUUUCUGCAAGAACCUCACCUUGAGGCAGCUAAGUCCAAUGUACUGGAUCAAGAACAAGAAGAAGCAGGAGAUCUCUGAGCGCGAGAAGGACGAACUUUUCAGAAGAGUGGAGAAGUUGAACUUCGACGAACAUGGUGAGAUCCGCCACGCCGACAACAAUGUCGAGAAUUCGAGCAGUUCAUCCUCUGCGAAGCAGGUGGACAAUGUUAUUACUGUGUCCAAAUAG